GGUUGAAUCAUGUCUCAUCAUGAGGAUUCCCCACACGCGUCGGGGCAGUGCAGUGGAUAUUUCUUUAGGAUUUUGAAUUGAUACUCACGUACUUUUGAUCGAAAUUGUACAACUUUAAAAUCAUUUUAGAAAGAAAAUAACUGCAAUUGCUAGAACUGUAAUUAAGGGAAUUAAAGAGGGACAGAUCAAGCCUGCUGACUCGAGACAGAAUUGACAUCUUUAUUUAGGAAACAUGCCAUUACAAGACCAUUUGAAUGAGCUGGUUGUGAAAGCAUCCAUCCCAGACAACCGGACGCAGGACUGGUUGCUGGUUUCAUCAAUAUGGCCGACACUAGCAAUUACCACUUCAUAUCUUGCUGUGAUCCUUGGAGGACAGAAAAUCAUGCGAAACAGGGAACCAUUCCAGCUGAAUAAUUUAAUGAUGUUCUAUAAUUUUUGUCUUGUCUUGCUAAAUGCGUAUAUUUACUUUGAAUUUGUAAUGACCACAUGGUUAAACUGGAGUUUCAGUAAAGUGUGUAUGCCAGUGGAACACGGCACGGCAUCAGCUGACAGACUGGCUGCAGCCUGCUGGUGGUUCACGUUCUCAAAGAGUAUUGAACUCAUAGACACAGUGUUUUUCAUGCUCCGUAAAAAGAACAACCAGAUUACAUUUUUACACCUUUACCAUCAUUUUACAAUGCCAUUGAUCUGGUAUGUGGGUGUGAAGUAUGUACCAGGAGGUGAAUCAUAUUUUUCUGCCAGCAUUAACAGUGGAAUCCAUGUUCUCAUGUAUACGUAUUACCUACUGGCGGCUAUGGGACCUCAUAUGCAGAAAUAUCUGUGGUGGAAACGAUACAUGACAGUUAUGCAGCUGAUUCAGUUCUGGGCAAUACUGUUCCAUACGUUAUAUGCCAUCUACAGCGACUGUGGCUACCCAAACCUGUACAACUGGGCGCUUAUUUUCUAUGACUUUUCCCAUAUUGCCUUGUUCUCAAAUUUCUACUACCAGACGUACUCAAAAAAGGCCAAAGAAGCAAAAUUGAAGAAAUUAGAACAGAAUGGAACAUCCCAUCAGAAUGGACUGAUCCACGAGAAGCAGGAGGGUAAAACACGUCUCAGAAGUAGGAAGGACUGAAUGUGAUAAUUUAGACCAACCCUUGUGAUAUUAUUAUUAACACCCCUUUUGUGAUAAUAAGUUAAACCUGCCUUAAUUUAUUUUUGUAUACAAAAUUUUGCUGUUUCUACUCAUUUUUAGCUAUGAAGUUCAUUUUAAGGCAGCAUAUUGGAUCGUGAGAAGUAGAUCUGAAUUUUUGUACUCAUACUUAGGGCAACAGUUGAACGUGGCUUAUAACUCAGGAUAUAAUUCUGUUCUAAAAAUAAGUUAUAAAGUUUAGAUGUCAAAGUGUGGUUGUUUUAAUACCAACAGUAUUCCUUGAUGUGGGAAUGAGAAACGUGUCAUUACAAAAUCUUUGCCAUAAUACCGGUAUGCAAGUUUCUGCAUGAAAGGGUGAAUUUGAUGGACAAAUUAAUGUUUAUGGUUGCUGACUUUAAAUCAGCUCCUUGCCUUUUUUGUUCAGUUGUUAUCAGUGCUGUAUUUCCUUCAUUUCUUUCAUGUGAUGAGAGUCCCUUGUUGUUCUGGGACCACUUGUGUAUGAAAAGAAUUGGUUCCAAUUUUUAUUUUAAUCCUUGUUUGCAGUUAUUUUUAAUAAACAUCAGCUUUUGACAGAUGUCUGAUGUUCACUAUAUGGGAGAGUUUUAGGGUAAUAACAUUUUAGCUACUGUACCAGAAGGUUGCUGGUUCAAAUCUUGCUAGAGACAUAACAGCACCUCCUCAUAUGUCAUUUGCCCACUCAGUCAUGUCAAUAGGAAGAGCACAAGAUUAUUAAUUGAAUGGUUGCAAAUUUGACCCUAGGUUACAUUUUUUUUAUGUAAAGUGUGCCUUAAGACAUUAGACCUCCACCUUUGAUUCAUGGAAGUUGGCAGUUGAUGUGGAGAACAAGUAAGUACUGGUGGAGAAUCCAGGAACACUGGUUACACUGGUUAGGUUAACAGACUGCUUGAUAUGCUGUUGAAAAACGACACUAAACCAACAUUAAUAUCACUUUUCAUCACUAGGCAAGACAAGUCAUGAUUUGUAUUGAGUCAUUUUGGUUAGUUUAGAAAUUAAAAUUUGUUAUGAAAGCAAUAGAUCAAGCUAUAUAUUAGCUAUAUGUACAUGACACAUAUCUGUGAUAAAUUUUACAAACCUAAUCAUUUUAUAAAUCAAACUUUAUAUCUAGUUAUUUUUUAAUUUCAAAAUAUAAUUGAUUUGUACACAGUCUAUGUCAUAUAUGCAUAAUCACUAAAAAUACUGACAAUAAUUUUGACUUUGUAAUUUACGAUGACUAUGUGAUCUUAAAUUGUCCUGGUUUUUGAUAGUAUUACUUUGUUUUUAAAUUUGUAUACAUGUAUGUCUUGUUAACUUUUUAGAUUUUAUAUACUAAAUUCUUCAAUAGUGAAAUCUUUUUUUUUAUUUUGUAUAUUUGUAUAUUUAUUUAUGUUUUCUAUGAAUUUGAUAUUUACAUAACAUGCAUGUGUUUUUGAUACUAGAAUUUAAACUCAUAUUUUCUUACAUUAAAUUCACUUACAUUUCAUUAAUGUAUUCUAUACGUACUUUAUAAGUUUAUAUAUUAUUUUAGACAUGACAGCUCAAUGUAUAAUGCACUUUUUCUUUUUACCUGAAAUUUUGCAUUGUUUGUGAUAAUGUCACUGUUAUGUAUUACUAGUACAUGUUGUUGUUUACUUCUGUCCAGUCAGACUUCAUCUAUGAAAAAUACAUAUAAUAAUGAAAUAUAUUAAUGGAGAUUUUAUCCUGAUUGUUGUUUCAAACAUUGAGAAUAUCAAAUGUAAUUUCACCAGCAGUAUAGAGCUACAUUUUAGCCAAGAAGGAUAUGAAUUUUAAAUGAUCUGAAAGUCUUGUAAUAAAUAAAAUCAAAACUCUA